AUGGGCGUGACGCAAAGCAAGCAGAAAGUGCUUCUCGAUGCACAACGGGACCGCAAGCCGCCGGGCAAUGAAGCCGAUUACUUCAAGACGAGUCAAGGGAUGUAUCUGCACUACAGGUCUUGGAUGCCCUCCGGUCAGCCCAAAGGCGUUCUGUUCAUCAUCCAUGAGUACUGCGAGAGAUAUGACAAGACGGCGGAGGAAUAUAAAUCUCUUGGAUUUGCGGUCUUCUCCCAUGACCAUCAGGGGCACGGCAAGAGCGAAGGAGAGCGGGUUUACAUCGAGCACUUUGCAGACUACGUCAGCGAUUUCUACGACUACGUGCAAUUCGUGAUGGAGAGACAUCCCGCGCUUUCCAAACUUCCCCGGGUGGUCUGGGGACAUUCCAUGGGUGGUCUAGUCGCCACUCACGUCAUCCUGGACAGCAGCAAGUACGCGGCCCAGUGGAAGGCGUUGAUGCUGACUGGGCCAGCGCUCGAAGUCGAUCCUAAAGCAGCGUCGCCGUUCGCUCAGUUCCUGGCGAGGACGCUCAGCAACCUCGUCCCCAAGUUCGCCGUCCCGUGGGAGCGAGGGCCUGCCAGAAAGUUCCCGCUGUCGCACGAUGACAAACUCAACGAGGCGUUCCAUAGCGACCCCCUGGUCUAUCACGGGGGACUGCGAGUGAGGUGGGGAGCAGAGAUGCUGACCGCGAUCGCGAGGGCCCAGGAUGACGCCGGGUCGAUCUCGCUGCCUUACAUCCUCUUCCAUGGCAGCGCGGACCAUAUCACGAACCCCGAUGGGAGCGAGAGGUUUCACAAGAACACGAGCUCCAGCUCCAAGGAGUUCGUCCCAAUCGAGGGAGGAUACCACGAGCUCCACAACGAGCUGCCGCAGUACCGGGAUCCCUUCAUGAAGCGAAGCUCCGAGUGGCUGCUGAGCAUUGCGAACCGCGGAUGA